UUGACGCGUCGGUCCGUAUGACGCCGCAUCUCUUUGUUGGUCCAGCGGCAGCUGCGCUCAUGUUGUUGUAGCGACUCUCUCUCUCUCUGGAAAUAUUUUUCUCUUUCGAAAUAUUUCGUGUCUUGUUUUCGUCGCGGUCCUGUACACAUCCUAGUAUCUAGCGUUUGGUAAUCAUACCUUGUUCACAAUAUCAAGUUAAAACCGAGUAAUGGACUCAGACGAAGGGUACAAUUAUGAAUUCGACGAGGAGGAAGAGGAAUGCAGCGAAGACAGCGCCGAGGAGGAUCCCGAAGACGACACCCUGGAAGUGGAGUUGGAUGAUCCUGUUGUGGCCGGUGGAGAACGAGAUGAAUGUGGGGAGACCGGAGGCAGUGGCCUCGGGCCCGGUCAAGACGAAGAGGAUUAUCGGUUCGAGGUUUUGACCGCUGAACAGAUCCUUCAGCAUAUGGUCGAGUGUAUCCGGGAGGUCAAUGAUGUCAUCCAGAACCCUGCAACGAUAACAAGAAUACUUCUUAGUCACUUCAAUUGGGACAAAGAGAAACUGAUGGAAAGAUAUUUUGACGGGAACCUUGACAAAUUGUUCUCGGAAUGCCACGUCAUCAACCCCAGUAAGAAGUCGAGGACACGGCUGAUGAACACACGGUCCUCUGCUCAGGAUCUUCCCUGUCAGAUCUGCUACCUGAACUACCCAAACUCGUACUUCACUGGCCUGGAGUGUGGACACAAGUUCUGCAUGCAGUGUUGGGGUGACUACUUGACUACCAAAAUCAUUGAGGAGGGGAUGGGACAGACGAUUUCCUGCCCUGCUCACAGCUGUGAUAUACUGGUGGACGACAACACAGUCAUGAGACUGAUCACAGAGUCCAAGGUGAAGUUGAAGUACCAACACUUGAUUACCAAUAGUUUUGUAGAGUGCAAUCGACUGUUAAAAUGGUGCCCAGCGCCAGACUGUCAUCACGUAGUCAAAGUCCAGUACCCAGAUGCUAAGCCUGUGAGAUGCACAUGCGGCCGGCAGUUCUGCUUCAAUUGUGGCGAGAACUGGCAUGAUCCCGUCAAGUGUAAGUGGUUGAGGAAAUGGAUCAAGAAGUGUGACGAUGACAGCGAGACGUCGAACUGGAUCGCAGCCAAUACACGGGAGUGCCCCAAAUGCCACGUGACCAUUGAGAAGGACGGCGGCUGCAACCACAUGGUGUGUCGGAACCAGAGCUGCAAGGCAGAGUUCUGCUGGGUCUGCCUGGGGCCCUGGGAACCACACGGCUCUGCCUGGUACAACUGCAACCGCUACAAUGAGGAUGAUGCCAAGGCAGCGAGGGACGCCCAAGAGGUAACAGUGAGUCAUGGUGUCUUUAGUGUUCCUCACUGUAGAAUCACAACACAGUCCGGGUUCCUCACUGUAGAAUCACAACACAGUCCGGGUUCCUCACUGUAGAAUCACAACACAGUCCGGGUCUUUGUUGACCAUC